CAGACACAAAGCGCCCAGCCAAGGCAGGGUUGAGCCCGCAGGCCUAGCGGGGGGUGCCCCUGCUGUUCGGCACCAGCCUUGCAGCAGCGUGAGCAGCGCUUCCAGCCGGCAUGGGCGCCUACCUGAGCAGCCCGGUCCGAGACAAGGAGACGGAGGAGGGGGAGAACGACUCCUUCAAGUAUGGCAUCGCGGCCAUGCAGGGGUGGCGCACAGACAUGGAGGAUGCGCAUAUAGCCGAGCUAGACCUCGACCCAGCCACCAAAACCUCGCUCUUUGCAGUUUUAGAUGGACAUGGCGGAGCCGAAGUAGCUCGCUUCGUUGCAAAUCACUUGUCCCAGGAGGUCAUCUCCAGCGAGGCAUUCCAGGCCAACGACACGGAGCGUGCGCUGAUACAGGCGUACCUGCGCAUGGACGAGCUGCUGGUCAAGGAGGAGCAUCGUGAGGAGCUCAAGUCGCUGCGGACCAAGGAGAGCGAGGAGGAAGGGGACAGCGGACCCAUGGUCAUCAACGGCGCCUCGCUUCCCGAGUCCCUGCUGGAGGCGUUGGGCAUGCCCUCCGGCGCCGGCUUUCAGAUCAAGCUCGUGCGCUCAGGCCCAGGCGCACGGGGCAUCGCGAUUGACGAUAUUGAGGAAGCGGAGGAGGGGGAGGAGGGGUCCAACCGCAGCGGCACAACCAUUGUCCAGCUGGUUGAGGGAGAUGUGGAGGAAGAGGUGGGGGAGCAGGGAGUAGCACCAAAGGUAGCAGACGAGGAGGAUGUUGGGGCUGCUGUCGCGUCCACUGAUGCCACGGAGCGGAACAGCAAGCGCAAGCGCGAGGAUAAGGCAACUGGCAUGGCAGUAGAUGGCGCAGCAGUGGCAGCAGCAGCAGAGUCACCAGGCAGCAGCGACGAGGAGGCGGCGACGGCGCGGCAACAGGCAGGCGAAGUUGUUGUGGAAACAGGGGAUGAGAAGGAGGGGGAAGCAACGCCUCAGAAGGACGAUUAUCUGGGCCCCUCGGCGGGCUGCACUGCCGUCUGUGCCGUUGUGCGCAACGGCGAGCUGUACGUGGCCAAUGCUGGCGACUCCCGCUGCGUGCUGUGCCG